AAAACUGUCCCUAAUCGCGCGCGCGCGACAUCAGUAGCGAAUAAGUACUUAUAGGUGUAGGUACACACGAUGCAGUUCAUGACGUGGAUAUAGACUGAUAGCCGGAGAGUUGCUUAUCGUUCUGUAGCUGUGUGCCUACAUAUAUAUUCUCCGAGCGUCUGCUGUGCUGCUUUAUUUAUACGCACCGCCUCGGCUCCGAUUGUACUUUGUUUUGUGCCAAAGCCCAUAAGUUUGAACAAUUAGGGUAAACAAAAAACAGACACCACCAUGGCGGAGACGAUGAUAUCGUCUAACGUGUCGCAGCAGUAUCUCAUGGACAACGACGCCAACCAGACGGCCUCGACCUCGUCCCUGGAAGCCCAACAGUCACGGGAAAAACGGGCGAGCCCCGCCGGCAGAGGUUCGAGCAUCGGCUCGGUCAUGGCUAGGGAAUGGGUCGCCGUGUUUGUCCUCUGCUUCGUCAAUCUUAUCAAUUACAUGGACAGGUUCACGAUUGCCGGUGUACUCAAAUUAAUACAGCACGAUUUGUCACUUAACGAUGGAAAAGCAGGUUUACUUCAGACAGCAUUUAUAGUGAGUUACAUGAUGUUUGCACCAUUUUUUGGAUACUUGGGAGAUAGAUAUAAUAGAAAAAUAAUUAUGUGUGCGGGAGUAUUUCUCUGGUGUUUGACUACACUGAUUGGUUCAUAUGCAAAAACAUAUGGCUGGUUCGUGUUUUUUAGAGCAUUAGUAGGCAUUGGAGAAGCAAGUUAUUCCACAAUUGCUCCCACGAUAAUAAGCGAUCUGUUCAUCAAUGAUGUUAGAUCCAAAAUGCUUGCAUUGUUUUAUUUCGCAAUCCCAGUUGGCAGUGGCUUAGGUUAUAUAACAGGAUCAAAAACUGCAGAACUGACUGGAGACUGGCGAAAGGGAUUACGUAUUACGCCAGCUCUAGGAGUUUUGGCAAUCAUUUUAAUACUGUUGUUAGUAAGAGAUCCAAUCAGGGGAGAAAGAGAAGGAGGAUCCCAUUUAUCUAAUACUUCUUGGUUAGAUGAUGUAAAAGCUUUAUUGAAGAAUCCUAGUUUUAUGUUAACCUCGGCAGGAUUCACUUGUGUUUCAUUUUUCACUGGUGCACUUGCAUUUUGGGGUCCAACAUUCAUUGAGAAAGGAUUUAAACUGCAACCCAACGGUAAAGAUAUCAGUGAAGAUGAGGUGAGCUUGACAUUUGGAGUCAUUGCUAUGGUAGCUGGUAUAAUAGGAGUACCAUUUGGUUCACUGUUGGCACAAAAAUUAAGGCUCAGGCAUAACCACGCUGAUCCACUGAUUUGCGCCGUGGGCCUUAUAAUAAGUGCUCCUUUGAUAUUUUUAGGAGCGUGUUUUGCUGCUUCAAAUUCUAUUGCUUGUUAUGUACUGAUAUUCUUAGGUCAAUUAACAUUAAACUUGAAUUGGUCAAUUGUGGCUGACAUGCUACUGUACGUCGUCAUACCAACGAGACGAUCUACCGCAGAGGCGUUCCAAAUUUUGUUCGCCCAUGCAUUUGGCGAUGCCAGCAGCCCAUAUCUCAUAGGCAUCAUAUCCGAUGCCUUGAAAAAUGUCAUACUGCCGAAUUUGACGAUAAAUUGGAUAGUGCCGCGGACUGAAGAUGUAAUGACGGAGGAUCCUGUGGAUCCAGUCGUUGCAUUCAGGAGUUUGCAGUACGCGCUUUUCCUUACCAUUUUUGUAGAAAUCUUAGGUAGUUUCUUCUUUUUUCUCACCGCCUUGUACAUCGAAAAGGACAAGGCCCUCGUCGAUCACACCAUCGCAGAGAUCAAAAUUUGAAAAAAGUAACCGAGAUUCUGGAUGUAUAUCUGACGUUUCGCCGGCUAUGUUUGCAGAAGCAUUGGACUCGGACGCCUCCGGAAAUUUCGACGACGAGGGAGAGUCCGUGAACGUGCUCAUCAGGCCCGACUGAUUCUGACGACCGAUCGCAGCCAGCAUGGAUUUUACGGCCCGGGAACGCUGCGGCGUCUUCGUCGUGCACGCCAAUUGACUGCCUCAUAUAAUUAUUGUUGUUCAUGUGAACUUUGUUUUUUUUUUUGUUGACGGUGUCAGCAGCAAACUCUUUUUGUUUUUCUGGUCGACCUUGGAAAGCUCGAUUGUUUUGCUUCCGGUGUCGGUCGAUGGAGUUUUCAGCGUAUCUUUCGAAGUACACACACUUCGGAUGGUACAGCAAGUUCAGAAAUUGCAUAGGUUCGUAAUUUAUUUCGCGCGAGAGGAAUCAUUAGCGGCACUUUGCGUUAAUAUUUAACGCAUUGUCAGUAGGAAAAUAAAAAAAUUCCACUUUAAAAAUUUUACCUUUGUCAUGAAAGGAUGACAUUUUUUGCAAGAAGCAUAUGUAACGCAGCAAACACGAUAAGUGGAAUAUUAAAAAAAAAAAAA